AUGGCAUACAAUCAACCCCAACACGGCGGAGAGGCAGACGCCUACUACCAGUCCGGGCAGGAGGAUAUCGGUUUGCAGAAUCAGCAGAAGGGAUAUGGACAGCCAGGGCAAUAUCAAGGAGCUCCAUACGAUCAACAACAGCAGGGUGGAUAUCAGCAACAACCUUAUCAACAGCCUCAAGGCCAAUACCAGCAACAGCCAUACCAGCAGCAACAACAAGGUCCUCCUCCACAGCAAUACCCUCAACAGCCCCCGAACUAUGGAAACAAUUUGCCGCCGCAGAACGCGCCCAGUGGAAAGCUGUCAGGUUUCGAGCAGACUUUCAAGCUGGAUAAACCGAAAUAUAAUGAUCUCUGGGCUGCGCUGCUGUUCCUGGCUACCUUCUUUGGAUUCUGCGCUGUGUCGGGAAUUGCGAUACGUGGAUAUGUUGUUGGAGGAAGCGGGGGAAUUUAUGGUGGGAACCAGGUAGUUUCACUGAAUUCAAACACGAUUAUCUUGUUCGCUUUUGUCCUGGCUGUGGCUUUCGUUACCUCGGCAGCUUACUUCUGGAUCAUUCGCGCCUUUACUAAGCAGGCCAUCUGGAUCACGGGGAUUCUUCAAAUCGUCUUCGGAAUCGGAACGGCUAUUGUCUACUUUGCGCGCCACUGGUAUAGCGCUGCGAUCGUCUACCUUAUCUUCUCCAUAUUCUAUAUCGUCUGUUUCAUCUCCUGGAUCCCUCGCAUCCCAUUCUCUGUAUUGAUGCUCCAAACCGUCAUCGAUGUCUCCAAGAACUACGGACAUGUUUUCAUGGUAUCAGCCAUUGGAGGUCUUAUCGCUACUGCAUUCGGCGCCUGGUUCUCUGUCACAAUGGUCACGAUCUACGUGCGUUACUACCCUGGAAAUGCCAGCUGCAGUUCAGACGGCGGAUGUAGUCAAGCAAAGGUCAUCGGCCUACUAGUCUUUAUCACAUUCGCAGGAUACUGGAUCACGGAAGUCAUCAAGAACGUCAUCCACGUCACCAUCUCUGGCGUUUAUGGCUCGUGGUACUUCUGCGCCCAAAAGCCCGGCGGUGUUCCCAAGGGAGCUACGCGUGGUGCUUUCAAGCGCUCGAUGACAUACAGCUUCGGCAGUAUCAGUUUCGGAAGCUUGCUAGUCGCUCUCAUCCAAUGCUUGCGUCAAGCCUGCUCCAUUGCUCAGCAGAAUGAAGCUGCGCAAGGUAAUAUGCUUGGAGCGGCGUUCUUCUGCUGCUUGCAGUGCUUCAUUGGGAUCUUGGAUUGGGCUAUUCAGUUUAUCAACGAGUAUGCGUUCUCGUACAUUGCGCUGUAUGGAAAAGCUUAUAUCCCUGCUGCUAAGACUACAUGGACCAUGAUGAAAGACCGCGGCAUCGACGCCCUCGUCAACGAAUGCCUCAUCAACCCCGUCCUCACCAUGGGCGCCGUCUUCGUGGCCUACCUCUGCUCCUUCCUCUCCUAUCUCUACCUCUCCUUCACCGCACCAGACUACAACGAGGGCAAUGCUUUCACCGCCGUCGUCAUGGCCUUUGCGUUCCUUAUCGGUCUGCAGAUCGCUAAUGUCUUCUUGGUGCCGAUCAAGAGUGGUGUUUCGACGCUGUUUGUUGCUAUGGCGUUUGAUCCCGAGGUGCUGAUUAAUGAGUUUCCCGAUUUGUGGCAGAGGUUGAUUCAUGUUUAUCCGCAUGUGCAGCAGGCGGUGCAUGUUUGA